AUAUUUCUGACCUAUCACGUCUUUGUUUCAGCAGUGUCCAUGGUUUCCCGCAGCGAUCGAAGGACAACGACCACCGCUGCUUAUUCACUCCACGAGCACGUGCCAGCAGAUCGCUGGUGUGUGACUUUCGCAGACUUGAACUUCUUGAGACAGGAACUGCAACGUGCCAUCCGCUGUGGUGAACUGGAGCCCCUGACCGAUGGGGACACUUACUGGGAAGAUUAUGGGCCAAACAUUUACACGGUGAAUGAGCAAUAUAUCAAGCCUGUGACACUGGGUGCCGGCAAAAUCAGUUGGGCUUUGAUGCGAAAUCGAGACGGUUUGGACUGUGAUUUGUUCAUCAGCCAUGCGUGGCAAGAGGGUGUUUUUGAAUUCUUAGCCAAAGUGAAACACUCUUGGCCCAGAGGUUUGCGACAUGCUUGGUGCUGUAUGCUUGCCAAUCCUCAAAACUUGAAUAUUGAGCGCUUCUUGGCCUCGCCAAUCAGUUCGCCAUUUGCCGUUGCAUUGCGAGCCUCUGAAAUCGUAUUGGUGGUGCCUAACCGUCACACGAGUGUUUACUCGAGGCUUUGGUGUGCCUAUGAGGCCUACCUGGCCCAAGAAGAGGAUAAAACCAUUCUGAUUGCCACAGCCUCACAUUUCUAUGACCAUUUGUAUUUGUUGCUGCAAAUGUUUGGGGCAGCAUUCUUUGGUGCUUGUGCAGGUAGGACGCUCUUCUUUAUGGACCUUAGGGGCCCGAUUGGAUCUCCAGCCUUGAUAGGCAUUUCCUCUCUUCUGAGUCUGUCGAUCCGGAGCAAUCUGCUUCGGAUGGUCCUGAACUGUGUCGGCCAGGCGGUCGUCUGGUUUCAAUUGACCGAUUUCUACGUGUACAUCAGACCUCUGCCGGGUCAACAGUGGCACAUCUCGAGGGACAUUGUGGCUGCCACUCGCGUGCUCUUCUGGCUGGUGGCUUCACUUCUUUUCUAUACCAUGGACUUUGACCGUGUUCGAGGGAGAUGCACGAAGUUGGAAGCCCAAAUGCUCCGCCAGGGCUACUCUGGCAUUGAAGAUGCAGAAUGUUCACAAGAGGCCGAUGAGCGAGCCAUUCGCAGCGAGAUUGGCAAUCAGGUUGAUGCCGUGAACCAUGCCAUUGAGGUCUUGAUGAGCGCUGGCAUGUCAACGCCAAAGCUCCGGGAGCUUGCUCAUGCAGGGGUGAACAUUAAAGGUGCAGCGUUUUCUGAAAUCACUGGACCGGUGCUCUUGCUUGGCCCUUUUGGGACACUGGUAGCUGUGGAAGCUGCAAUGACGUACAUGCUUGAGCAUGGCGGUUACUGGUGGUUUCUUGCAGUUUUCCCAAGUGUAGCUGUGCUUGGGAGGGUGAUUUUGAUAGCUCUGCUUUGCUUGAAACCAAGGGAUGAACGAUGCUUCGUUCUAAAGGUCAUGAGCAAGUUCAUGACAGGAAUGCUUGGAUUGUUUGCCAUCGCCGUGGCCGUUGCUAGCUUUUUCCGCAUCACCACAGUGGCUUUUGUUUGGCUCGCUGUUGCAGAUGUUCUCAUCGUGGCGAUGGUCUUCGUGGUCCUCCUUGGCAUUGGAGGGACGGCGAAACUUCCUCGUGGGCUAGAUGUGGUACAGUUCUUUUUUGCCAGAGAGAGGCUUGCCUGCCACCUCGCAGAUGGGAGUGACGGCUCGUCUGACGAUGAGGGCUCUGGCUCGUUGGACGGCUCGUAGCAA